GCAUUGCGCAUGCGUCGCCGCAGCGUUGAGCGGAAAAGGAACGCGCUGUAACAGAAAAGGGAGAGUGCUCCAAUAAAACGCUAUAUAUAUAUAUAUCACUAUAUAUAUAUACACCCCGCCUAUGGUCUGCGUGCACGCUGCUUGUUGAGAGAGAUGAACUUUGAAGCUUACAUCACAUCGUCAUCAUAUUUGUCGUUUUCCAGGCAGUGCGUGUCACCAAAAGCACCGUGAACUUGGUUGCAACAUUGUACCGUUACAGCAGGCUCGCUGCGCGGAUUAGAGCUCAUCCGUCGGGCAGCGUUGCUGGGAGGAGCCCAGGCUCAUUACAUCUGCACCACUGAGGAUAUUAUCAUUGGAAAUGAAAGAGGGAAAAGGAUAACCUCAUGCACUGUGUAGACAUGAGAGGACCAAGGAGCACGUGAAGAUGUUCCAGAAGGCAACUAAAACAUGGUGCCUUAGGCUUCUCCCAAUCCUCCUCUUCUUCAUCUCCUUUGUCACAUACUACUGCUCCUAUGCCAUACUUCAGAGCUACGGAGGCACCAGCAAGUCUCCGAACAGUAGCAAGUCGCUGUGUGGUGGCUGGCUAACCCAGAAGAAGUGGGAGAGCCUUAACUUUAACAUUAGCAGACAGACGCAGCUCUUUCUGAAACUGGAGGAUUUCUUCUGGCGGGAGCAUCUGUCAAAGCUGGCAUUACCUUAUGGCAUUAAGGGCAGUGAACUGCUGCUACUGAAAGUUCUUGCUGAAAUUGCAAAUUAUCAGGUGCCAGCGAACAUCGAAAACCUUGAAUGCAGAACCUGCGUAGUCAUAGGCAAUGGAUUUGCCAUUAAAAACAGCUCCUUGGGAAGCAUCAUCAACAAAUAUGACGUGGUCAUCCGGUUGAACGACGCCCCAGUGAGGGGCUAUGAGGAGGACGUGGGGAACAAGACCACCAUGAGGCUCUUCUACCCCGAGUCGGCCUCUUACAACCCUGGACUGCACAACGAGCCUGGCACCCUUAUGGUCCUGGUGCCUUUCAAGCUGCAAGAUCUCCGCUGGCUCAAAGAGAUCCUCUAUAACGAGAAGAGGGUCAGGAAAGGAUUUUGGAAGCCCCCUCCCCAAAUCUGGUUGGGUGACGUGAGCAAAGUCAGAGUGCUGGACCCCCACUUUCUGCACCAGACUGCAGACAGACUGCUCCAGAUCCCUCUGAACCCCGGGAGCAAACAGAUUCCAGUGCACCCUACAACGGGCAUCCUCGCUGUGUUUGUUGCUCUCAACUACUGUGAUGUGGUCCACAUUGCUGGUUUUGGAUACCCCAACACAAACAGCCAAAGGCACCCUAUCCAUUACUACGGAUAUACCACCAUGAAGUCUAUGAAGAAUUCUUACCAUGACAUCAAUCAUGAAGCUGGCACCUUAAAAAGACUGGAGGAUUCUGGGGCUAUUUUGUACCUGCACCCACAUUUAUGAUACACACACUUUCCAGUUUGGUUUACAGUAAUACCAAGAAAUCCAAAUGACAUCUUAAUGUGCCUUCUGCAGUGGGAUACAAUACUGGUGCAUUCGAUCACCAUGUGGUGAGGGUCACAGGUCUGGCUCUGAAGAAUGUUUAUCUCCCUGGCGCCUUACAUACUGUCAAAUUUAAAGACAAAAAAAAAAGAUGAUUUAACUGCUUUUUAAAUGUCUUUCCUUUCAAUUUGUUUUCUAACCUUUGGUAAUGUGGCUCAGCAGUUUGCAUAGCAUUUGAAUCACGGCUUUUAAAGCAAGUUUGCAGGACACUAUUCAUGUGACAACCCAGUUGUCUUGUUUUUGAUAAGCGAAGUAACGUCUGAUUAAAUCAGAAGGCCAAGUGAUAGUGUGGGCUUCCACAUCAUAGGGAUCAAGCAUUUCACAGCUUAAAUGUUUUGUUAUGUUGAGAUUCAUGCAUAUCAUUGAGCUGCAUAAUUAAUGAAACUGGAUCAUUCCUCACUCAACCUGGUUUAAGAUUCAUUUUCAGAUUUAUCAAGUAAGAAUGUGUUUUAUGUUAGUGAGGUGUGUCACCUCUAUGAGAAUCUAUGGAGAUUUUUUGUGAAAUUCACUGUCAAUGUACAUUUUGGAUUAAAUGAAAGGAAAAUGAAUAGAUCACAAACCUAAUUUGCACAGGAUUGGAUUCUUUACUUUUGCUUCGACUGGAAAUACAACUUGUAUUUUGCCCAUUUGUCAGUUUUGGUUACGGUUGUUUUGGGAUUUUUUAUUUAUUUAAUUUCAUCAUAAUUAUAAUUUUCUUUUUCUUUUCAUAAACAAAACCAGUAAAUGGUACCACUGGAUAUUUUUUAAUGUACAGAAUAAAAUAAAUUUUGAAUUAAAAGG